CGCCGCCCGCCGUCCUCACCCCGGCAUCUGCCCACCGUUUCCCGCCACCGUCUUUGUGCCUUUGAUUACUUCGUAGACGUCUUGUCGACCAUCCACGGACUGCUCCGCCGCCUCUUCUUCUCCGCUGCGCUGCGCUGCUGAGGGAGCCAAGACUGUCGCUACGACCACUUCGCGCUUCUCCCCCUCCCCUCCCCAUGGCCCGCGAUCCAAGGUGAUAUACUGGCCGGACUUUGUGCGGCGGACAACGGCGCCGACAAGGUCGCAUCAGGAAAUGGCCACCACGGCAGCGGCCGGCGGCGAGCAGGUCUACGCGACGCUUCUACUUAGCGACUCGUAUCUCCCAGGUGCUCUCGUUCUCGCGCACUCUCUUCGCGAUGCUGGCACCUCGAGAAAGCUCGCCGUCCUCGUCACCCUUGACGCGGUCUCGGUCGACGCCAUUACACAGCUUCAGGCGGUCUACGAUUAUAUCCUGCCCGUGUCGCGGAUACGCAACGAGCAGCCCGCAAAUUUGUACCUGAUGAACCGCGCCGACCUGCACUCGGCCUUCACCAAGAUCAACCUCUGGAAGCAGACUCAGUUCUCCAAGAUUGUCUACAUCGAUUCCGACGUCGUCGCCUACCGCGCCCCCGAUGAGCUCUUCGACUUGCCUCACGCCUUCUCCGCGGCCCCCGAUAUCGGCUGGCCUGAUCUCUUCAACACUGGCGUCAUGGUCCUGAUGCCCAACAUGGGCGACUUUUACGCCAUGUUGGCCAUGGCAGAGAGGGGCAUUUCCUUUGACGGAGCCGAUCAGGGUCUGCUCAAUAUGCACUUCGGACGGGGCUACAAUCGACUGUCCUUCACUUACAACGUCACUCCCUCGGCCCACUAUCAGUAUGUGCCUGCUUAUCGACACUUUCAGUCAGCUAUCAACAUGGUGCACUUUAUCGGCGCCAACAAGCCGUGGUUCUCUGGCCGCAAUGCUCCCCAUGGCAAUGCACCUUACGACGAGAUGGUUGGCAGGUGGUGGGCUGUCUAUGAUCGUCAUUACCGAGUGCCGGAAAUAUCCGUGGAGCCGACACAUCAGCAGCAUCCUGCCGCGCUUGUGCAGUACUUCACCAAGGGCGAGUUUCAACCCAAGGUUAUUGUCACUCAACCCAGUCCCACCGGAGACAUCCCGGAACCGAAAGAACGAGGCACUGUUGACAACUCUCAAACCCAUGGUACUACUAGCAGCUCUCAGGCUUCGGCGACAGGACAUCUGCACGAUGCGUCCGCGUCUGGGCAACACCCGGCUCAGGCGGCAAUCAGGGCGCCCUCUCAGGUUCCCCAGCCUGGGGUUGAGCCAACCCCUGUGCCCAUGAACAGUUGGGACGCUCAAUGGCAACCGCCUCCAGCGGACUCAAGACCUGAGGCUUUAAACUUCCCCUCGACGCAUUAUGAGAUGUCCAGAGAUGUAAAGCCCUUUGUUCCCCCCGCGCGAUACCCGAGCCCGCCGAAGAACAUGUGGUACGAGGUUCCCCAAGAGCCGCCACAGACGCAGCCACUUCGGCCCAUCUUCCCCUGGGAAGCUAAGCAGCCCAAGCCGUCGAGGGCAUUUGCGAGUGAUGGUCCGGAGACCACCGAGGCUGCACAACAAUCAUCGGAUGGCAUCGCGGUGCCAUCCGCCUCGGAAGGAGCCCCAGGGAAGUCGCAAUCCAACCUGACGCCGGCUGCCAACGUCAUGCCCGCGGAUCCCUGGACCUCGUUCCCACGGCUUAAUGCAUGGGACGAUGUUCCAGGAAUCGGCCGCUACGUUGAAGGUCUCCAAAAGCAUCGUCGAGUCAGGAGCCAAGGAGCCACCGCCGCUUCCGGUGGGGUUCUCAGUCCAGUUUCCAGCGGUACAGAUCGCGGAGAAGCGAAACUGCAUACCUUUAAACUGACUGACUUCCCCAGCGAAGUAGAGCGGCCGAGCUUGCCGGUGACUCCCGCGCCAAUCCGGCGCCCAUCGUUUUGGGGUGACGAUGCACCGGAAGCAGGGGCCGCUGGCUCAAGGGACCAGCAUCUUCCCGAGGCUCCUGGCGUGCCGGCCCAGGCUGAAUGGGACCCAGCUGAGCAGCUCCAGAAGCUCGCGAAGCAGCAGUCCGAGGCGCUUCUGCGCAAACUUGGCAGCGAUGAGGGGCCCGAGGGCGAAGCACCGCCAACGAGCGUCUUGAGCCCGCGCCCAGUCAAGGAGACUUCACCGCCCGCCCUGGAGCCGGCUGCAGAGGAGGAGUCUGAGACCGCAGGCGGAGCAAGUACAUACGGUCUGUCAGAUUUGCAGACGUAGUCGGAACGAGGAUCAAGAAAGUAGUGGUAGUGGAGGCUCACGUCCUUUGAACCGCAUUGCGAGGUUUUGUAGCGCUCAGAUGAAUUUUGGUAGCUCGGCUGUUUUAUUUGCUGUCCAUGCCUCCAUUUUUUGUUAUUUGGAACUUUUUCUCUCUGGCCAUUGCUCUGUCGCCUGUCUGUUUUUGCUCUUUAUGUCAGUCAGCGGGGCCACGGGUGCUCCGAUGCGGGCGGGCUCAGCAACGGCAACUGUACUAUAUCAGAACCGAACUCUCCAUGUUUGCCUAUAAUUAUCGUCAUUUUGCGCUCUUGCACACCCGCUUGGGUCGACUUGUGUUUCUCUGCGGUACUUGUUGAUGUAUGUAUUUUGGCGAAACCCUGGCACAGCGAC